CAUUUUAAAAGGGUUUUGUGCUUCAUCCAAUCACUCUCCUCUCUCUCUCUCUCUCUCUCUCUCUCUCUCUCUCUCUCUCUCUUCCCUUCCUUGUCCUCCCCUUCUAGCUUGUUCAUCUUGUCCUUCCAAGUCUUCCUCCUGGCAAGCUAGCUAGGUCUUCUUCUUCUUGGACAUGAGUGGGAGCAACUUUGGAGACAGCAUGGGAUGGGGCAACAGCGGGAGGUCGUCGCCGGCCGGCUCCUCCAGGAAGGGCAAGAGAGGCGGCGGCAGUGGCGGCGCGGAUAAGCCGAAGCAGCCGCAACGAGGGCUCGGGGUGGCGCAGCUGGAGAAGAUCAGGUUACAGAGCGAAAUGGCCGAGUACUUCAACCCUCUUGGCCAGCCGGGAAGCUUGAUCCACAGAACCGGCAGCCUUAACUUGGAGGAUGCACGGGCGUCCACAUCCUCGCUGUCGUCGUCCCCAUCGUCUCCCUUCCAUGCUACCGCCGUUAGCUCGUCUCCGUUCCCAAUCCAUCCAAAUCUUGCGAUGGCAUAUGGAGAACGAGGAGACGUACGAUACGGUGAAUUCCAAACUCCCAUCAUGAGAUCACCAAGCAGCAGUACUAUCUAUGGUGCCCCACAUUACACACAUAAUCCUAGCAUCACAUUGCCACUCUUUGAACCAGAGGAGUCUGCUCGCUUGAGGGGACACCAUGACCGAAGCCGAUCGGCAGAUUCGACAAGUAUGAACUCUGACGAUCCGCAAGAUGUGGACCUCGAGCUCAAGCUAUGAUAUAUCCUAAGAUGUUUCUUCCUCCCCAGCUUCCUCUCUCUCUCUUCCCUGCCACCAUCUGCUGCGAGGGAUAGUUAAUUUCUUAAUUUUAGUCUUGAUGGUUUUUUUCCUUGUGGUGCAAUAAGUUUCUUAAUUGGUGCCACUAGCUAGAACCAAAAGAUUUGCCAUCUUCUGUGCUGUAAUGCGCACAAGAAGAAAGGAAUAGUGAUGCACAUUUUUUUUAAACAAGACGUUAUGGGUAUGGGAAUCUCUGCUGAUAUCUAUAGCAGUCGUUUUGAUUGUACUGGUGUGGAGCAUAGAUGUGUUGACCCUUGCCUGCAA